AUGAUUCCAAGUUCAUCCAAGGUGUCCGUCGAGGAAUAUAGACGGCUGCAAGAAAAGGUUCAACAACUUCAAGCACGAGUUGACACCAAGACAGAAACUAUCGUUAGAUUAGGGAGAGAUCUGGAAUUAUCACAAGAAGAGAAUCGAUUAGUAAAGGCGAGAUCACUAACAUUGGAACGAAAUCUAGAACGAGUAGAACAAGAAGUCCAUAAGUAUGCAGCGAAUGAAGUGGACAUUAAAACAAGUUUCAAGAUUGAAAAACAAAAGUUAAUUGAUGAAGUUGAUGCUCUCAAGAAAGAGCUAUCCGCUGCACGAAACGAGAACGAAGAGCUGAAAUCGGAAAAGUACGACCUACAAAAGGACUGCAAAUUAUUUCGACAACGCAUUGCUAAAUAUGAGAUUGCAAAUCUUGAGGGAGCGACAGUUGCAGCAACUGACGAAACUUCUCGAAAAAAAUCAGGCAUUGGAUCUGACGAAGAUGAACUCGGAAAGUAUGAAAAGUUGUAUAAGGAAUUCAAACAAAUUGAGACGGACCUUCACACUGUUCUUGGAAUCAAGGAAGAGCUUGUCCUAGAGCGUGAUGCUUUAGUGAAGAAAGUUGAACGUCUAAGUACAGAGAUGGCUUUUCUCUUGAACGGGGAUCCACGACGGGUAGCAGAAGAUCUGGAUAGUCUUGUUGCUGAAAAUCGGUUCCUAAAAGCUCGCUUGGAUUCAGCUAAUGAGGAAAGUGAAACGAUGAAAGCAACACUUUCUAAGUAUCGAGCUAUGACUGAAGCAAGCCCGUCUACGACCAAGACAGUUGCCAGUCAGGAUUCCUCUCUUGGUGAGAAGAGCAGCGUAGCUGUUGUGAAUAUGAAACAAAUACGCGAAUUACUAUCUUCUCAUGCAAUUAAACUUGAUGACAAUGAUUAUAAAGCAAUUACUGCUAUACUACUCGAUUUGUGUAAUGAUAAACAAAUGGCCUUGACACAUCUCAGAAGAGCAAAUAAAGUUCUAGGGAAUCGGGUGAAUGAAGUGGAAAGCCAUUUGGCCGUAUUGGAAGCGAAGUCUAGGAGCACAAGUCCUAAUAAACAAGCAUAA